GGGAGGCGACACAGCAGCAGGCGCAGGUGAGGGAUCCUCCGGCUGGACCCUUGGGGCUGGUGCUGCCCUGCAUUCCGUCACACUUCGUGCUGGAGCCCCUUGGGGGUGAUAUCUGGAUUUAAACCCGUGCCUGUGUGCUUCCCAGUGAGAAACAGCUUGGGAUCAGGAGAAGACCGCAGAUUUGAGGGGACUGUGACAGCAGCAAGCRGCAAAAUGGAGUCCUUAUCCUACAGUGGGGAUUUCUCCAACAUCUUCUACCUUUACAACUACACCUAUGACUCCAGCACAGCCAUUCCUGACACUGCUAUCCUAUCCGCUCCGUGCCGUCCUGAAAGCUCUGCCCUCAACAAGUACCUGGUGGUGAUGAUCUACUGCCUUGUCUUCAUCCUCAGUGUGGUGGGGAAUGGGCUGGUGGUGCUGGUGGUGACCUCCAGCCACACCAGCCGCUCCGUCACCGAUGUCUACCUGCUCAACCUGGCUGUGGCAGACCUGCUCUUCGCUUUCAGCCUGCCGCUCUGGGCUGCCUACCGAGCCCAUGAGUGGGUCUUUGGCACCGUGAUGUGCAAAGCCAUUUCGGUGCUGCAGGAAGCCAACUUCUACAGCGGUAUCCUUCUGCUGGCCUGCAUUAGCGUGGACCGCUACCUGGCCAUUGUCUACGCCACACGGGCUGCCACUGAGAAGAGGCACUGGGUGAAGUUUGUCUGCUUGGGCAUCUGGGUCUUCUCCCUGCUGCUCUCCCUGCCCGUGCUGCUCUUCCGAGAGGCUUUCCGCUCACCCAACAAUGGCACUGUGUGCUACGAGCGCAUCAGCGAAGAGGACACGACCAAGUGGCGGAUGGUGCUGCGGAUCCUGCCGCAGACCUUUGGCUUUGCCUUGCCCCUCCUGGUGAUGCUCUUCUGCUAUGGUGUCACCAUCCACACCCUCCUGCAGACAAAGAAUGCUCAGAAGCAGCGGGCCAUGAAGGUCAUCUUCGCUGUGGUGCUGGUCUUCCUCAUCUGCUGGCUGCCCUACAACAUCACGCUGGUGAGCGACACCCUCAUGAGGACGAAGGCCAUUGCUGAGACCUGUGACAGGAGGAACCGCAUCGACACAGCCCUCUCUGUCACACAAAUCCUGGGCUUUUCCCACAGCUGCAUCAACCCCAUCAUCUAUGCCUUCAUCGGUCAAAAGUUUCGCAACAGCUUCCUCAAGAUCCUGGCACAGCGUGGGCUGAUCAGCAAGGAUGCUGUUGCCCGCUAUGGCCGCACCUCCUAUGCCUCCACCUCUGGCAAUACAUCCACCACCCUCUGAGCCUUUCUGGAACCCAGUCCUUGUGGCUCCCCACAGGUCCCAGCACCCCACACACCUCAGCAUCCUCAUCCAGCCCCCUGGAAUGCASGUGGUGAUGCCAUGGGGAUGGGCAGGGCCACCACUGGAUGCUGGACCCAGCUGGAAGGGGAAUUGGGUGGCAAGGUGGUAAGAUCCAUUGCCAGGGGAGUGAUGUCAAGUGUUGCCCACCGUUCCCUCUCUUUGGGACAAAGCCUGUGACCCUGGGAAUUCUGUGAGCCUGCUGUGGGGAUUGUUUUUACCUGAUGACUAUCCAUCAAUA